AUGACCGCUAUCGCUAAAGACUUCAUCGAAAUCAAUCUUUCGACCGAUGAGUUAAUGCUGAACGAACUAGAGCGACGCGAUGGCAUUUACUCGUUCAUAUUUCACGAAUUGGAAGUACCCAGAGCUGAAACGCCUACACGCUGUAUAGCGCCCGCCAAAAUAAUAGACCAUAAUUACAUAAAAACAAAAACAACGGCUGGCACUGCCGAUGAAGGCAACAUAAAUGCAGACACUUUGCACGGCAACAGCUUGCCUGAUGAGUUGAAAAUCAAAACAGAAGCUAUUUUCAUUCAACGCUCCCAAAUGGAUGAUACCUCAGGCAAUAUAACCACAACAGCAACAACAGCAGCGGAAGCGGCAACAACAAAAACACUAACAUACUCCAGCUCACCCGCAACAACAUCCUUUAUCAAUACAAUUCCAGUCAUCAGAAGCUUGACGCCAAUCACUGCCUCCACCAGCGCAGCAACAACAAUUAUUGUACCCAGCCUAUUUUCCGCAUCACCUCUAACCACACCACCAUCCACCACAGCCGCCAAUGACAUUGGUGGCACUUUGCCAUGCAUGUCCAGCCUCAGUGGCGUGAGCAUGCGUAGUUAUCAUGAAUACUUGAAGACUUGGCAUCCGCCACCAUCGCUCGUCUACAACAACACCAAACUCUACUCGUAUAUGGCUAAUUGUGGUUUUCGUGUGCGCCUACCGACGCCGCGCUUCUCGCACAUCUCUGCGCCACUGGUACGUAAUCGGCGGCACGCCCUCAAGGAUACGCCUAAAUACAAGCGAAUGUCCGAGUUGUGUUUGUGUACGCCGGUGGCCGAUUUGCGUGCGCUUUUUCCGCACGAUCCGGAUGUACAUGCGCCCUUUGCCGUGGCGGCGGUGACGGCGGCGGCGGCGGAGGAUGUUGUAGCGACGUCGUUGGAGCUGCUUGGCAAUGGCGAAAUCGCGGUGGAUUUGGACAGUGACUGUUGUGGCGAUGUGGCAGCAUUGAUGACAGCUUCGCCGACAAUUAAAUGA